GGCGGGCAGGACACACGCUUCUAUAUUUUUGCUGUUGGCCGUGGCUGCGCUCCCGAGCUGACUCGAAGGUGUAUAGCUUUCUUUCGGACACAUCGGGAGCGAUCUCCCCGCCUGCGCGAUUCAGACAGAACAACACCGGUAAGGUUGUUCCUACGCCCCCGAACGGCGGCGUUGCCUUCGAACCCAACUCCAGCCAGCUUGGUGCAGCGUGAUGGCACUUACUGCACCUUCGGCGUCUAGGCGGGUUCCGGGCUGCAUCAAGAGAAGGGAGAUGAGAAGCAGCAGCGCGGCCAUGAGCAGCAGCAGUUGGAGUUGUAUGGCCUGGUCGUCGUUGGCGCUGUUGGCGGCGUCGUGGCUGCCUUCGAUCGGCCCAAAGGUCUUCGACAAGGGGUCCAAGCUUCCGCUUUUCGUUAACGAGCUCACGAGUGUCCGCACGCAGGCUCCGUUGGACCACUACCACGUGGCCUACUGUCGUCCGGAGCACCUCCACGAAAACGCGGAGAAUAUCGGUGCCUAUCUAGAGGGGGACCGGGAAGAGAACUCGCUUUACGACCUUGAGGUUGGGGUGCCGCAGGCAUGCAGAGUUCUCUGCAGCAAGACCCUCAAGCCUCAGGAGCGAUAUAUGUUUGCCAGCGUGAUCCGCGAUGGAUACCAGUCUCACAUGUCCAUCACACACCUUCCUGCGGCGUACGACCCGAAACCGGACGGUAUGGCGGGGAAGCUGACCGAGACCCCCGUGACGACUUCCAUGGCGGACGACCAAGAGCAUGUUUACCAGAGGGGUUUCCCCGUGGGUUUCCGUUCGGCGGAUGGGAAGGCUUUCCUGAACAACCACCUUCGCUUCACGGUGGCCAUCAACCCCAGGAAUGUCGAGGAAACGCAGUUCCACAUCGUUGGUUUCCUGGUGGAGCCGAUGUCCGUGGUUCACGAGUUCCAAUCGCCCUACCAUGAAGGCGCCAAUAUCGAUACUUGCAGCGAACAAGGGUACACCACCAACGACCCUAGCCGUUACCUGAACGCGGAAUACGAGGGCGAGAUCCUCUUCACCUACGACGUCACUUGGGACUACACCACCAUGCCGUGGACGCAGAGGUGGGACAUCUACACGAGCGGGGCCGUGGACAACCAGAUCCACUGGUUCAGCAUCACCAACUCUUCGGUGAUCGUAAUGUUCCUCACCGUGCUAGUGGCCAUGAUCAUGUUCCGUGCCCUCAGGAAGGACAUCCAGCGCUACAACGCAGAGGACAUGGAGGAGGCGAACGAGGAGACUGGGUGGAAGCUCGUACACGGCGAUGUACUCAGGCCCCCCACCACGGCCCCCAUGCUCUUCGCGGUCUGCGUGGGAACGGGUGUCCAGCUGUGGUCGGUGUGCUUCCUGGUGCUGUUCUUCAGCGUCAUGCGACUUGUCAGCCCCAUGAAGCGCGGGGACAUGCUGACCGUGUGCCUCUUGAUCUACGUCCUCACGGGCGGCAUCGCCGGGUACAACUCGGCCAAGAUACACCGCCGAUUCCGCGGCACCGAGUGGAUAAAGAUGACCCUCCUGACGGCGUUCUCCUUCCCGGCCCUGGCGGGCUCGGUGUUCGUGCUGGAGGGGAUCCAGCAGUGGUUCAUCGGCUCCACGGGGGCGGUGCCCGUCCGCAUCCUGGUGCUGCUCGUGGCAAUGCUGCUGUUCGUUCAGACCCCCCUCGUCUUCCUCGGGUCGUUCUACGGCUUCAAGAAGGAGCAGCCGCCGCAGGUGGUAAGAACGAACCAGAUCCCCCGCAUGAUCCCCCAGACGCCAUGGUACGUCGAUCCCAAGGUGGCCGUUCCCUUCGCCGGCGUGCUGCCCUUCGGGGCCGUGUUGGUGGAGCUGGUGUUCGUCAUGACGGCCAUGUGGGAGCAGCAGCUGUACUACAUCUUCGGGUUCUUGAUGUCCGUCAUGCUCAUCCUCACCGUAACCUGCGCCGAGAUCAGCAUCGUGAUGUGCUACUUCCAGCUCUGCGCCGAGGACUACCGCUGGUGGUGGCGCUCACUGCUGUGGUCCGGGUCGUGCGCAGGCUGGAUGUUCAUCUACUCUGUUGGGUACUACUUCACCGUGCUUAACAUGAGCGGGUGGAUGGCAGCAUCGCUGUUCUUCGGCUACACGUUCGUGAUGACGUCGUGCUUCUUCCUGUUGACGGGUACCGUGGGAUACUUCUCUUGCCAGUGGUUCAUCAACGUCAUCUAUUUCUCCAUCAAGGCAAGACAAGUGGACUAAUCUUCCUUGUUGAGGGGUUGCCGUUACGAAAUGGGAUGUUUUCUGUUGCGAUUUGGUCCGGCAGCACCCGCUUAUGGUCUGGGCGCGCGGGCGUAAUUAAUUUCGUUGUGUUUUCGAUUUUGUCUCUGUAUGCGUAUGAACUGCAAUGGUAUGCUAGGGACUGUAAGUCCCAGGGGGGGAUAUUCCUUUCAACCACGCGACAUCUACAAAACCUUGGUUCCUUGAAGCCCCGUUGGCUGACGCAUGGGCUACCUGGUAUCCUUGCGCUGUUGGUUGGGUACAAGAUUGCCCCUUUGGAACGCCGCCGAAAUUUGGUGUGCCCUCUCUGCCUUGUGGGCGGUGUAGCUGUGAGGCCUCCCUACACCGGCUUUGAUUUUCGUCGGAGACUGUUUUUCUUUUGGUGCCUCCGCGCGACUGGUGUUUGCGACGUUGGUCGUCGGUUCGGUCUAUCUACCCUUGGUGUGGCUCAGCACGGUACCAUAUGUAGAGCCGAAAGAAAGCCAGGCGAAAAUGUCGAGCGCUAUAGCCUGCAGCGAUACAAUAGCGGUCUUCGAAGGGCAGAAAAAAGAGAGAAUCAGAGAGAAUAAACGCUUGGCGACGUCAGAGGGGGAGUGAAGAAGGGCGGGCCAAUCAGGGUAGGGUAAGACCUGCCGGCAUUGCGCUAGGCGUGCCUACAGGUGCAGGGAUGGCCUGCGGAAGUAUAGUCGCUGCCUUGGUUUUUUGCUCUCGUGACGAUUUGCUCCAUCAAAAUGCAUGGUUAGGCAGGCGUGAGGUACGAUGAUUUUGUGUGCUUGGUUUUUGGCGCUACCUUCACUCUCCACUCCCAGCGCCUCGCGCGUUCGGCAUUGGUUGUAGUUGGUACAAUUGAGUUGCGACACGGCGGGGCUCCCAUCUCCGUGCUUGUAUCCUCUACUGAACAUCCGGUUUUGCUUCUGCGGGGCAGGCGCGCGCCCAUGUACAACGCACAGUAUUUCGGGUAGGUUGGUGUCUGGUGCGGAGGGAGGGAGAUGCGAUCGCUCCAGGGGCCAGAGAUCGAAAAGUUCGCUUGUCAACUCGCGAACGGUCGCACUCGCGAAGAGUCGCAAGCAAGCACCACGCCGAGCGGUUGAGUCCUUUGUUUGCGCUGCCGAGGAGACCUGCUUCCCGUCAUGCUUGGUCGUAGCACCCUGCAGUCCGACCCUCACACCCCUUUGCCUUCUGAUUUUUUUUUCCUUCGGAACUUGUGGACCACAGAAGGUUGUUUGUGCGGGGAGGGGAGAUCUGCACCAGGCACAUGUAGUGCCCGAUGGUUGUUGGUGGGGGGCAGCCAGAGCAGAAUGUGGGUUGCAGCCGCCGUGAGACAUGGGCCAUCGACAUGGGCCAUCGCAGUGGAUCACUAGAAUCGUUUUUGUGUGUCCGACAAAAAUGAAAAAAAGGAAAUAUUAUUGUCCGACCAAUGUCGCGUCGAGCUCUCUAGUUUAGGCUUUUGGGAUGGUGAUGGGGGUACCAUGUUUUUUUUCUCCCGCGGGCCGGCACCCGGAAUAGUGGUGCGGCUGGCGGUUCUUCUCUCCGAGGAUGUAGGUCAAUCGGAAACACAAUGAGCGCGACGGUUCUUGGGCUGGUCUGUACGGUAUGCAUGAUGGGUUCUCCGUGGAGUUUGUGACGACGCUGUGGACAAGGUGUAGCCGACAACCGCAGGCACUAGGGUUGUGAAACGGAUGAAGCGGUAUUGGUCCCUUCCGGGGGAGCUUUGAGUGCAGACCCUUGAGUGUUGUCUGCAAGUAGGUACCGUAUCGUUUUUCUUUUUCAUUGUGAUGUCUCCUUUACUCCUUGUCAUCCUUGUUCGAAGAAAGCAUGUAGCUGUAGCUGUCGCUUCGUCUGAUGUGACAAAUUCGGUCGGUGUAGGGGCAAAUGUUGCCUGUGCUGGAUAUCCCGCCGCACUCGCUGAAAGUAGAAAAACGUCCAACAGCUUGGGAAAACUAUCUGUGGUUGGGACUGUUUGUUUGCGAGGCACGGACAACGUUGAAUUUCAGAGCGGAAAUGCAAGAUGCCAAACAUGUUGGAAUGAACUGUCGGUAACCAGCGCAAGGACAUCCAAUAUUUGGAAUGAAGCGUGUACCGCGUUACUUUGAAUGUCCACCUCUUUCGAGACGGCGGGCCACAGUCCCGUACGUCCUCGUCACGCCGUCACGAAGCCAACACAGACCCGUACAUCGGCCCAUUGUAAAGAGUUUAACACAUGCUCCGUGCGUGAGGCUUGUUGCCCAGAUACACCGCAGCAAAGCCUUUCCCCGUCGUCCUGGCACCCCCCUCAGGCAGGGUCGGGACGAUCACCAACGCGCCAGAUUAAGCGGCCGCAUCCAUCAUCGCUCCUCGGUAACCCGUCCUCAUCUGUCCCUGCCAUUCAUCGCCCGGGCUCGCCUCCAUUGGAGCUUCAGGCACCGCCGAUCCCACCCCUUCUAAAAACCCUAACUCUUCUUCCCCUCGCUGCCUCGGGAAGGUUUUGCGUAGGCAUGACCCAUAGCGAGGUGGGGGGGCUUUCUAGCGAGUAGGGAUGUAGACUUACCCUCAAGGAACCGAUACCUGCUUGCUGCGGCGCACCCGCCGCGAGGCGUGCGUAGUGGUGGAGUUGGGUCGGCACUGGUGCGUCAGGUGGUGACGAGCUGAUUGGGCUGGUUGACCCUUCGGCGCCGGAAUUUUCAGAUCAAGAACCCUAAGUGCAACGAGGGAGGAAGCGAGGAACAGACUGGGAAGGACAGCACGAAGCGGAGCGGGUCGAGUUCGGUCGUGCUAGGACUGGCCACAGUGGCACCGGAGCAGCGGCACCGGAGCAUGCGGAUGGCAUCGAACCGUGGCACACGGACAAACAUCUCUUGUGUUAUCAUUAUUUUCCGUUUUUUUCCUGAAUGAACUUAAGGUGUUGGGUGUGUGUGAUGACGUCACUGGUUUUGUAGAGAGACGCGGCAGAGAUGGCGCGGACAACCCGGGUGCUUUUUUUAAUUGUGUACCUGCAUCGUGGAAGACCUCUUCAAUUUGGAACGGUUCCUAGUGAGUGUCGAUGUUUACAAUGCUGUGCCUAACACAGAUGAUCUGGAUAGAUUCGUGUGAUUGUCAAUUGCAAUGAUGGCUUUGGUUGGUGUUCUUCUUCAUUGUAUGUCCACGGACUCAUUCUGACAGCACUUCAGACAGCAGCUGCAUGCCCCGAGCUUGUGCACCAUGCACCAGUUGCUAUUGUUGUACAGACAGCACUUCAAACUCCAGUACGCUGUAGUCGACAAACAUUCAUUUUGGUUAAAUGGGGGACAAGGGGGGUCACGCUGCUGCUGUAGUCGAAUUGUUGUGUGUGGGCGUGUAGUUCAGUUGUGAGGACGCAAACGUGCUGCAGGGAUUGCAGGUGUACUUCCUCGGGCUGGUGUAUUAUUCCCUUUUCUUGCUAAUAGUGUGUGUGUUCUUUAGAUCUUCUGAUGGCUCUAGCAUUUUUGUGACCACGGACCGAGUCUUUGCUAGAUUUUGGGAUUAGCAACUGA